AUGAAGGAGCGGCCGUAUCGCGGCGGUGGGGCGUCGACGUCGUCGGGGUCGAGGUCGAGGAGAGCGCGCGCGACGAAGGCCUCGACCGCGGACGUGGACGCGUACAACAAGAGCGACGAGGAGGAAUCGACGCCGGCGGCGCGUCCGCCGGUGGAUAGGGAGACGGCGGCGCGACGGGCGAGGCGUGAGUUGCGAAAACAAGCCCGAGCGGCGGCGGUGGUGCAAGAGAAACCGAGACGGGACGAGGAAGACGACGACCAGAGACUCCCGGAAGUCGUGACGCCGCGAUCGAGCUUGCGAAUCAAGCUGCCGCCGCGGUCGACGGAGAGACAAAAAGACGCCAACCGGUGGAUCGCAGAGGGUAAGGAUUCGUACGAGACGCAAUUAGAUAAACUUCUCGCCGUCGCCGAACGCGCUGGGUCGACAGCCGAGCGCGUGCGGGACGAAAUUAAUGACUUGGGCUUCCGCGUGGACAACUUAAAGUUGAAACCAGUCGCGCCUUGGGAGGAACGAGGGAGUUCGUGGGCGGGUGACAGACACUCAAAGAGCGCUCGCUCGGAGCGCUCGAGCAGUGCGGGGACGAUACUCAAUCCUAAGAAUAAAAAUUCGCGCGAGAUGCGCGUGAAGUUUGAAAAUGUGAGCAACAACGGCGAGGGAUCAACACCGACGUCGCCGGAAAAGCCACCGAAACUCGUCACGUCAGUCCUGCGCUCCGAUUUGCUCAAGUCAGUGGGUGAGAUGAGCACGAAUGAAAAGCUCGAACGACUCGGAUUGAAGACUGUUUUUGAAGACGAGGGUGGUGUGAGCGAUGACCACGCCUCUGCUGGUAGUCCGUUCCCGGUGCGACGCUCGCCCUCGACGCCGGCGACGAAUCGCCGCGUUUGGCACGAGCGCUCGCCGGCGCAAGCCAAAUCAAUUUACAGCGAUGAGGAUGACUAUGGGUUCGCCCCACCACCGAGCGUAGGGAGUCAUAGAGGAGACGCGAACGCGGUAGAGUCACCGAGGAAUUACGUCGAAAAGCUCAAAGCGCAGGCCAAAUUAGCACGCGCGGAGAGCGCGAAGACUUGGAAGCCCGGCGUCGGAGUCAAGUUUGGCGCGCAACUUUGA